AUGUCGCAUAUGAAACUAUAUAAUUUUACAUUAAUAUUUUUGUGCAUUACGUCGAACAAUUUUUCAGUUUUAUCAGAGUUAUCAAAAUUAUCAGAGUUAGAGAAUGCCGUAAAUCAUAUAUUUCGUUAUUCGACCUGUGAUCAUUUGUCAUACAGUAUUAAACUGAAAGAUGUAAAUUUAAUUCUGUAUGGAUAUUUAGUUCCAUCUGCAGCUACAGAAACAGAAACAGAUAUGUACAUGAGUGUAUUUUAUAUUUAUACGAACUGUUCAUUUGCUGAAUGGCUUCAGAAUAAACUAUUUAAAAUUAUCGAAAAAUUUCCAAUAUUUUAUCAAUCGAAAUUUCAAAACACUUAUAACAAUGAAUUUAAUAAACGUUUUGUAAGAUCGAAUCUAAUUGAUAAAUUAAUCGAUAUCGACUCUUUUGUUAAACGCUUCAUAGGUAUUUUACUGCACAAUUUUUUACAUCUGGCUGAUUCCAGAGAUUAUGAUACGUCUUUAUUAAAAACGAUGUUAUUCUUACAAUUUAAAAUUCACUUUUUGACGCUACCUGUAGAUACCAGUCAACCGCCAUCAGAUGAUGUAGUUGUUCGUUCAAUUCUUGAAAUAAUGAACUUAAUUCAAAUGUUCAUGGCCACGAAUUGUGAUGUUCACACUUAUAAUAAAAUAUAUUAUUUUGAUGAUAAUUAUUUUAUUAAAUCACCAUAUUUCUUCGAUUUCUGGAUAACUAUAUCAGCUGACACAGAAGACUUCAUUAAAAACAUUUUCCACCUUAUAAACCGACUGGGCUUAGAAAAUAGUAACAAAUAUUGUAAUACUGAACAAAUGUUAUUAGUAAAUAUUGUGGCCGAGACCCCGGAUCAUCCUGUUUUACGGGAAAUUUCUCACGCAGAAGUUAUUUCAAAUUCUAAAACAAUUAAGAUUUACCAACUACUACAAAAAAUUGAAAAACGUGAAUCUGACCUUGAACUUAUAUUUUGGUAUCAGGAGUCAAUUUUUAAUGCAAUUGUGAAAUUAAUAUACAGUAAGAUAAUAACAACCUUGCAACAAGGAACUUCUAAGCCGGAAGAGAUUGUUAAGUCAAUACCAAAAUUCAUAGAAUUGCCAACAGAUGUCACUGAUUAUUUUACUAGCGAAUUAUAUGAUAACAAUGAAAAGAAUAAACUGAUUAAUACAAAAGAUAUUAAUGAAAAAUUGAUUAAAAAGAUUACUGAUCUUCGUGACUCGAUUACCAGUAUAAUUUUAGAAACUGAUAAUGCAACUGUAAAUCAAAAAGUUUCUAAAUUAGAUGAAUUUACAACAUAUAUAGAUUUAAACAGUGAAAAGUUUUACUGUUAUAUUUCGGUGUGGAAAUUUCUAAGCAAAGAAUUCGCUAAAUUAUACAUACCAUUCAUAAGAGAUGUGUUAAAAGUCGAACACAUUGUGUACGAGGAUGUGCCAAUCAAUGAAAUCGUUCAAUCCUCUGUGGAUGAUAAACCAUCGGAUAGUAGCAUGUGUCAAUAUGUUAGAGAUUUGUACAGUCUCUGUCUCGAAGCAACCACAUUUUUAAAAAUGAUUGUCGACAAAGAAAGUGAUUUGGUGUAUGAAUACGCACAGAAUGUAAAUACUAUUUUGACAACGAUUAGAAAACGGUCCAUUGAGGUGAUCGAACGGUGUACGUACAAGGGCUGCAGGGACCUUUUAAAAGUUUCAUACUAUAUUUACGUUGUCUUGAAUCCAAAGCACAGUGAUCAUUUUAAACCAAACCAAGCGCCGAUCUUUAUGUCAAUGAUAAUGUCUAUUUUAAACACCUAUGGUAUUGAUCACUGUAGUACACCAAAAUUCAAUUUCUUGUUAUUGAACAGUACAUAUCUUAAGGCUAUAGGCAAUGAUGCUGUACUUAAUAAACGUUUAAGUUCAUUUGUGCAGAGCCUUGAGGCCUACCAAAACAUAUCGAUAAUUGAAAACUACUCAACUUUUUUAAAUAUUGACAAUUUUUACAAAAUAUUUCUUGAAGAAACGACUUUGUUCAAUAAAAACAAAGACAAGGUCAGUUUUUUUUACAAAGGUGAAAGGAAGUACAUUCAUGAAAUUUACAAGAACAUAAGUGCAAUUAAUUUGGACCCUUCACAUGUGUUCAAAUUGUAUGAUAUAUAUUUCAAAUUUGUUCUUGGUUCGGUAUUUCACAAAGUGUUUGUUUUCGUUAAUUACUCAAUCAUUGCAGUUCAUCCCAAAUCGAAUCUAUUGCAGUCUAAAGAUUGCGAUAACUUUCUCGGAUAUUAUAAGAAGUUAAUUGAUAUUGAACAUUUUCCCUCAAAUUUAUCGAUACUAGUAUCUUAUGUUGAUCGAUUUUCUACAAUGGUAUAUGAUCUAUGUAUGCAAAGAGCAGAUAUAACCCAAAAAUACCACACAAAUCAUAAAUCUAAAGGAAAAAUACCACAUUUUGAAGUGUCCGGCACAGAAGACGAUUUAAAUAAUCUGUAUUUAAAAGUGGGCAAAUUAAAAAAAAAUACAGAAAAGCAAUUCGAAAAAUUUGGUAUUUUCAUAACAAAAUUAAUAGAAGGAAUUCCGGAAACCAUAAAGGAUCACUUUGACAAAAUUUUUCUUAAAAAAACAAAUUUGAUAGAAAAAGUUUUCGAAGAUAUGACUGUGGAUACCGGAAAUUUAGUCAAGACUGCUAACAAUAUGCUCACAAAUCUCAUAGUCAAUACCUGUUUAAUGGAAUGUAACAGGUGUUAA